AUGUCUCCGAGAAGCCACCGUCGUUGCCUUGGUCUGUCGUCUUUCUUGGCUUUCACAACCGUCCUCAUCUGUGAUCAUGUCACAGAGGCCAGGCAUUAUUCCGCCGGUGCAGAUCGAACUGCUCCUUCUUCCCGUCCCUCCCGUUCUUAUGGCCCCCCUCAACCUUAUGACUCCGCCCGCACUUUCGACGUUCGAUCUUUCGGUGCCGCCGGCGAUGGCAUGAAGGAUGAUUCUGAGGCACUUCUGACGGCAUGGAAGGCUGCUUGCUCAGUUGAAUCUGCCACCAUUGAAAUCCCAUCAGAUUUUAUGUUCCUCAUUGGACCAGUUACUCUGCCUGGCCCCUGCAAGCCUAACCUUGUUCUUCAGAUCGAUGGGGUUAUACUGGGCCCUUCAGAUUUAAGCGGCUGGCCUCGUUCUGGGCUUCUGCAAUGGAUCAACUUCGAAGGGCUCCAAGACUUCACCAUCAGAGGAAGUGGAAUUGUAAAUGGCCGAGGAUCGGCUUGGUGGAGACGCUCCACAGGCACAAAACCUACCGCGAUUAGAUUCUACGGGAGCCAUAACAUUAUCGUGCAAGACAUUACCCUUCAAAACAGCCCUCAAUGCCACCUGAAAUUCGACGGCUCCAGCGGCAUCCUCGUGUCGAAGGUCAGGAUCUCGUCGCCGGAAAACAGCCCCAACACCGACGGAAUCCACCUCGAAAACACCAAGGACGUAGAAAUCGAGGACUGCAUCAUUGCAUGUGGCGAUGACUGCAUAUCGAUACAGACGGGAUGCAGUGACGUUCAUAUUCAUGGCAUCCGCUGUGGCCCUGGACACGGGAUAAGUAUAGGGUCGCUCGGAAUAGGUGGCACCGAAGCAUGUGUGAACAACAUAACCGUUGAAGACAGCAGCAUCCACAGUGCCACAAACGGAGUCAGGAUCAAAACCUGGGCGGGAGGAAGAGGCAUGCUCAGGGGGGUGACCUUCUCCGGCAUCUCCGUCUCCAACGUCGACAAACCCAUCGUCAUCGACCAGUUCUACUGCGACGGCCAGCACUGCCCGAGCUGGGGAGACGCCGUCUCCGUCUCGGCCGUCACCUUCAGCCGCAUCACCGGCACCUACGCCGUGCAGCCCGUCUAUCUCGCCUGCAGCCCCAAGCAGCCCUGCACCGACCUCACCUUCACCGGCAUCCAGCUUUCCAGCGCCUCAGGUGGGUCCGGUCUCCAGCCACUCUGCAGCAAUGCCUAUGGCGAUUCCACGGCCCCCAUCUCUCCCCAGGCCAUCGACUGCCUGCAGAAGGGCAACCGCCUGUACACGGCCUCCGCCCAUUCCCAGCGCCCCUACACUUGCUCCCCUUAACACGACGAGAUGGUCGAUCGAAUUUAACCUGCCUGCCUGGUGGCCGCCCACUGC